AGUCCUUGCUGGCCCUCGGAGACCCACCCCACAGUCAAGACUUCUCCCGAUCGGGCCGGUCCCCGACUUGCAUUUUCCCCACCCUUAACCCCCUUCCGGGUGUCCGUUCCUCACCCCGUGCUCUGCCCUGUUCCGCCAAGGGUCCCCUGUCUCUGAGCCUCGGCCCCAUGGCGCUGCAGGCGCUGCAGAGCUCGGGGGUGGCUUUACGCAAGAUCCUGUCUCACUUCCCCGAGGAGCUGAGCCUGGCUUUCGCCUACGGCUCCGGGGUGUACCGCCAGGCGGGGCCCAAUUCAGACAAGAAUGCCAUGCUGGACUUUGUGUUCACAGUAGAUGACCCUGUUGCAUGGCAUUCAAAGAACCUGAAGAAAAACCGGAGCCACUACUCUUUCCUAAAAAUUUUGGGGCCCAAGAUUAUCACAUCCCUCCAGAAUAACUAUGGUGCUGGAGUUUACUACAAUCCAUUGAUCAUGUGUGAUGGUAAGCUUAUCAAAUACGGAGUUAUUAGCACGAGUAUUCUGAUUGAAGAUCUCCUGAACUGGAAUAACUUAUAUAUUGCUGGACGACUCCAAAAACCAGUGAGUGUUUC